AAAAAAUGAUGAUGUCAUCAUCGUACUUGGGCGCAGCCAGCCUACCGCGUGUCAGUGUAUUCGUUCGUUUUCGAGUUUCGCCGCCGCAAAUGCAUCAGUCACUCGACGGGGAAAAAAUUACCCGCCGUGAAUUGUCUGCGAAGUCUAUCAGCUGAUGACAGUAGGGCGGCGGCGAGGGUAACAUUGGGAUAGGUGGCGGGAGAAUUCACACGCAACGCUGCCGCCGCAAAACCAAAACAAACGCUAACGGUCCGGUUGAUAAACAUUGAACCAUUCAGAAGAUUAUAAUCGUGUCUCUAACUCGCGUUAUAAUAAUUCGUAUGGUUUAAAAUAUAUUAAGUAAUUAAGAAUUCUGAUUAGAUUAUUUCUAUUUAAAAUAAAGUAUUUAUAAAUACAUACGAUUGGCAUGUAUAUCACUGUGCAUGGUGUUUUUUUUUCUUUUUGUCACUAACUACUUUUACAUUCUUAUGGUGUGUCGCCAAGUACGAAAUAGAGUGAUGACAAUCACUACGUCUUCUGACGAUUACACGAGACACGUUUCCGUGGUAUUUUGACGGUAAACCCUAGUCGACACACAGAGUUCGUGAACAGCGACGAAAUGAUGGUCGAUUUGGUCCAGUACUAUGAGUACUCAAACAAGCUCAUCUCGUCCGUAUCCGUCUUCAAUUCGUUCAUAUUCACUACCGACGACGGCUUGUUGAUCAUCGAUUUGCAAUCGGACCUCUUCAGACCGUCUGCCGAUUUCAAGGUAUUCCGCAUGUCGCUCGAUUACUCAAAAGAAAAACCGUUUGAGGAUAAGAACUUCAAGGAAAUACGCUUCCAAGGACCGGUAAUAUGUCAAGAACAUAAUUUAACUGUGUUACCCGACAGUCAUCAUUUAAAUGUCAUUUAUAUGGGAAGUAAUAGCAAUAUUGUUUUCUUGGAAAAAAAAAAUAAUGAGUGGAUAGAAAAUUUAAGUGAUUUACCCCAAAAAUGGUUCAUGAUUGUUUCAAAAAAACCUGAUUUCUUAAUAAACAAAACUAAUAUUAACAUCCUCAAAAUGGAAAACCAAAUUUUUUAUUAUUGUCGAGAAAAAGAAAAAGAAUUACAAAUUAAAAGUUUUGUUUUUACUCACAUCUUGAAAUAUGAAAAUGGAACUGAAGUUUAUGGAACAAUAUGUUGUCAUUUAAAUAAUAAAUUGACAUUUUGGUUAACUACAUCAAAAAAAUCUUCAUUUUUGACUGAGUAUGAAUUUCAUAGUGCUUGUAUAAAGUACAUGAAAUGGUUUCGUAUCUCAAAUGAAUUAUCAUGGUUAUUGAUUUUUUUGACAACUGGUCAAAUUUAUGUUCAUGAAAUAUGUCAAUAUCCUAAUGUGCAAAAUACUUUUUAUUUGUGGUCAGAUGAAGACUGUGCCUAUGUAAAAAAUAUUUGGAUAGAAUGCAUCUCAAAUAAUAAAUGUUUGAUAUUUUUAACAAAAAUGUCAUUUGUAUUGAUUAUAUUGUAUUCAUUAACUGAAAAAAAAAUUUUAUCAUCCAAAAAAGAAAUGAUUCCUAAAACUGCAUUCAUACCAGGUAUUACAUUCAUAGUAGAAAAAAAUUUGUUACUUCUAGUAACAGAUGUUGGUAAAUUUAUUUGUAUGUAUAUUUCUACUACAAAUUCAGAAGUGACUUAUACUUUAAAGACAAUAAAUAAUAAUUUCAAGAAACAAGUACAAAAAUUUACAUGCACAUCAGUUAUUUUUUCAAAAAAUCAGUGCGCUUGUGUUUUAACAUUUGAAUGCAACUUAGCUAAAUAUAGUAAAAAUGAUGGUCAGAUUAAAAAUAAACUUGUAUUUUGUGUAAUUCCUGAAAACUUAAUAGAACUAGAAAAUAAAAUUUUAUCCGUGACUAAUAACAAAUAUGAUGAUGUUAUUGAUUGUCUUGAGUCUUUGAGGAUAAUUAGAAUGAAUGAUUUAAGUAAUGAAUUAUUUGAGUUUGAUAGGAAAUCCUUAGACAAAUGUUCCAUUCAAUAUCUUAAACUUACUUAUUGGAAAAUAGCAUUUAAAAAUAAUAAAAGUAAACACGAUGAAAAUAUUUUAAAAGAAUUGCAAAUGUUACUUCAUAUGAAUUACUUAAUUAACUGUUAUUCUAAGAAAAAAUGUAGUAAUGUGGAGCAAUAUUAUUGCCGAACAAUGCUAUCACAUUACAAUAAUAAGUUACCUGAUGAAUAUGCUCAAAUUAAAUCAGAGGCUACUAGAUUAAUUUGUUUGUUUAUUGAUGCCAAACAUACUUACUUUUGCAACACAUGUGAGCGAGUACUGAUGACAUUUACAGACUUUAGAAUGUUCAUUUGUGAAAAGGAACACAAAGAACUUAGAUGUCCGGUCACAUUAGGACCACUAGGUUUACCAUGUUUGGUAUGUUCAAUGUGUAAAACCAUGGCUAAUGUUAAUGCAAAAAAUCAAGUCUGCGUUUGGUGUUUUGGGAAGUAUUUACCAAAUGAAUUACUAUUCUAGUUAUUUGUAAAUAAAUGUAAUUACAAAUCAUGAUGACUGACAUUUAAACUUUUUACAUGGAACUAAAUAAUUGGCACUAAAAUGCAAGCUUGUAUACUAUUGUUUUUAUUAUAU